AUGUCCAAGGCUCAUAUCUUGUCCCAGCUGGAUUCACUGUCAGCAGGAUGGACACUGGAAGAGAAUUCCUUCGUUUCAUCCACCCCGCAGGGUAAAGUGACCUUCACCAAUGUGCUAGCAGUUCUGGACCCCUCGGCUCCUCGCAGGCUGCUCCUAGCAUGCCACCAUGACUCCAAGAUCUUACCCGCAGACCCUAAAACCCCCAAGCGGGUGUUUGUGGGUGCCAGUGAUUCAGCCAUACCCUGUGCUAUGAUCUUGGAGCUGGCCACUGCUCUGGACACACAGCUUAAAGCUCUAAAACUGCAGAGGUCUGCUGUUACAUUGCAGUUGGUGUUUUUUGAUGGAGAGGAGGCAUUUGAGGAAUGGACAGAAACAGACUCUCUCUACGGUUCUCGUCAUCUGGCUGAACUUAUGACCCGUACUCCCCACCCUUCUGGAUCCACCAAAACCACUCUUCUCCAGGCAGUGGAUCUGUUAGUCCUGCUGGACCUGCUUGGUGGCCCAGAACCAUUGAUUGUCAAUCACUUUGAUAACACAGCCAGAUGGUUUGACCGACUGAUCACUGCAGAGAAGCGGCUCCACAAACAGGGUUUGUUGACAUCUCACCCAUCAGAACAGAGUUACUUCAGGAAAGAUUUUUAUCUUGGUCCCGUGCAGGAUGACCACAUUCCAUUUUUAAACAGAGGCGUACCUGUGCUUCACUUGAUCCCCACACCAUUUCCUGUGUUCUGGCACACACUGGAUGAUGCGGAGGAGAGGAUGCACAGGCCCACGGUGGAAAACCUAACUAGAAUCCUGGCCAUCUUCGUGGCCGAGUACCUGAGCCUCUAAACAUGCUAUGAUGAUCAUCCUACAGCAGACGAUCACAGCACAUGACCAUGUGUUCAGUGCAGUUGAAUGUGUGAUGUAGGAGCUGAUAAUAAUAAUAAUAGAGCCAUAGAUCAGAAUAACCAAAGAGACACACAGCAUAAUGAUGUUUAUUUGGAAUGUGAAUGGUACUUGCUGAAGAUAUUCAAAUAUUUUUCUGCUGAAAAGAGCCAUAUGUCAUAAUAGGACAAACGUUACGGCAGCUGUAGGAGCCCUAAUGUCAUCCUUAAAGAGACUGUUAAUUUUGUGGUAAAAGACUCGUUUCAUGUCAUUCAGUGGAACUCGGAGUGAAGUAUAUUUAAUUACAUUCAGCUAGUUCAUUAUCCAUAAUUUGCACAGUAUUUGCUGAUGAACUGUAUUUUAAAUGCAUCUUUCAUGUGACCUGAGAGAGAUAGAUCUUUUUUUUUUUUUUUUACGUUCCUCAGUCAUUGAGCCGUUACCAUUAUGAACCAAAAGACCAUGUCAAGGGUCUAAUGGAUAUUCAUAAUAAACUUAAGGAAACUCUGGA